AUGAGCGUAGAAUCAACGAAAGUCCUUGUGAUUGGUCCUCCUUCUACUUCCAUCCACGCGUUAUUCGAUAAGAUAGCUGCACUGACCAGCAAACACAAUUUCAAUUUAACCUUGGUGGCUGGUGAUUUAUUCGAAUCUGCCAAUGAUGAUGAGAUUGACGCUGUGAUUAAUGGCUCACUCAACCCACCCAUCGACGUUUACUACACUCUCGGGCGUCAACCCCCACAUGCUUCCUUACUCGAUAAACUCGACAACGGUGGUGGUGCUAUUGCUCAGCGUGUUUUCAUGUUGGCCAAAUCGUCUGUACUCACCACCCGUUCUGGUCUGCGUAUUGGUGCCUUUGGUGGUGUGCACGAUACAUCUACUUUGGUUGAAGGUGAUCAACACGACAACAACAGCCCCGCCAUUACUCAAACCACCCUCAACAGCUUUACAGAAUUCUUUGAUCCCCGUCGAAACACCUCCGAUAGCUCCUCUUUAGCUGCUGCCCGAGCACACGCCAAGUCUCUCUCCAACGCCAACUUAGACAUCCUCCUCACACACUCCUGGCCAUCCAGCAUCACCCUACUCUCCAACAAGCCACUCCCCAAUCUUGCUGCUCACCCACCUGCGCACUCCUGGGGCAGCAGCGCCGUCACUUCCGCCGUCAGCUACUCCACCCCCAAGUACGUAUUUAGCGGCGGUCAGCGUGUGUUCUGGGAGAGGGAGCCUUUCGUUUCUCCUAAUGGCCUAUCUACACGCUUUAUUUCCCUCGGCCAGUUCGGCAAUACGCAGAAACAACGCUCCUUCUACGCCUUCUCCAUCACACCACGUGGGCACAGCAAGGAGGAUGUUCCACCUGCCUCGACGUCCUCUCCCCUGCCUGCGCUUACCCAAGUCCAGAAACGCAGUGCCGAGGAGGAGGGGAAAGAGAGUGGAAAUAGCUACAUAUUCGCCCAGCAAGCGUCAGCCUACGAUGAGGCAAGUAAACGAGGCAAAAAGAACAAGCGGCACCAGGGUGAAAUAUCACAGGACGAGUGCUGGUUCUGUCUUUCCAACCCCCGCGUAACGAAACACCUAAUCGUGUCAAUAGGAGAAGAGUGCUACAUCACCCUUCCCAAAGGACAGCUAAUCGACCCCGCCACAUCGGCUGUGCCGGGCGGAGGGCAUGUUUUGAUCAUACCCAUCUCCCACUACCCUAAUCUCUUCUCGCUGCCUGCGGAUAUAGCGCAGCGUGUUCAAUCGGAGUUGCUUGACUGGCGCGAUGCGCUCGCGCGCUGCUACGCUAAAUACAACUCUUCUCUCGUUUCUUACGAGCUGGGGCGGUAUUGGUCGCGCGGUGGGCACGCACACAUCCAAGCUGUACCAAUCCCCAACGAGAUCAUAAGCGCACUCGGCGCGCAUCUCACCAACGAAGGCGUAGCACAGGGCGUGGAAUGGGAGAGUGAUCCCCAAAAGGCGCUCGAUGAGCUGGAAGAUGGACAAUCGUAUUUGAGAGUUGAUCUCCCUAAUGGCGGAAAAUUCGUUCAUCUCAUUCGCCCUGCACCCUUCAAUCAGCAAUUCGCUAGACUCGCUCUAGCUUCCUUCCUCGACAUCCCGCAGCGCGCUGAUUGGCGUAAUUGCACCCUGCCCGAUGAGCAAGAGACGGAUAUCGCCAACGACUUUCGCAACGCUUUCAAACAUUUCGAGGGGGGAAAAAGUGAGGAGUGA